AGGAGCUAAUUUUAUGGGUUGUGAGAUGAGGGCUUCAAAGAAGCAUGGUGGUGGGAUGAAGAGGCAGGCGAAGGCUAAGAUGAGUUCGUCCAAGGAUAUACAGAGUGUUGCCGCGAAGAAUCGCAGGGAGAGGAUCAGUGAAAGGCUUAAAAUCCUACAAGCUCUCAUCCCAAACGGCACAAAGGUUGAUUUGGUUACAAUGCUAGAGAAAGCCAUAAGUUAUGUGAAAUUCCUGCAAUUACAAGUAAAGGUGUUAGCUACUGAUGAGUUCUGGCCUGCACAAGGAGAAAGAGCACCUGACAUUUCUCAAGUGAAGGAAGCCAUUGAAGCAAUCUUAUCUUCUCAUAGAGAAAGGAAUUCAAGCUCUAGUUAAGAAAUAUGCUCCUCAAAGCUUCAAAAAUUGAAGAAAUAAAUCUGAAAUUAAGUAAUUUCAUUUUUUUUUUUUGUAAUUUAUCACUUUUUUUUGUAAUUUGCAAAGGAAUUGUAAUGUUU